AUGGUACAACAUUUUCGAGCUUGCCAUGAGUGGAGCUUCCCUCAUUCUGUUUUUAUUUGUAGUAGUUGCUAUGAGACCAUUGUUAUUUUCUGACUCAAAAUUCUGUGAACCGCAUUGGCUUUCUACAGCCACCCACAGAAAUUGUCAAAACAAUAACAUUAGGCCUUGAAUUAUCAAUUGUCUUAUUUAUGACCAAAUAUUAUAAACAUGUCUGUAAAUUUGUCAGACUAUUUCAAAAGCUAUUUUGGCGAGAACCUUCGAGACCAGCUAUUGUGAGUAAAAAAAUAUGACAUUUAACCUAGACGUUGAAGGAACUUUUCGCCCUAAAAUGUUAGCAGCUUCUAUCUGUUCCAUUUAAUGUAUGACUUUCCUCUCCCUACCCAGACACAACAUUAUGAUUAGCAGAAGGCUCAUGGUUUAUGUUAAGAAGAAAUAAGAUAGUCAAUCCCCACUGACCAUUUUGACAGGAAGGCCACGUCCGCAGCAGAUGAGAUGCUGGCCCCCUCCUCCCGUCUACUGCAGAAGAGACGGGAGGCCAUGGAGGUCAACAAUGCUAUGACGCUGCAAAGAGAGGUACAUGUAUAUAUUUUUUUUAAUUGUCUCAUUGUACCUCAAACCGACAAUUCCUGGCAAUAAAAUUAUAUGACGAAUUAGUACAAUCCUCUAAAUCAAGUCUCCACACAAUCCUCCUGUAUGAUAUGGUCUCACUUUACAUUCGGUUUGGGUUUCAGGAUUUUGAGUCAACUCUCAGAGCCCUGAGAAUCCGCAAGGAUGAGCUCAUAGAGAAGGAGGGCCAGAUGAAGGAAUAUCUGCAGAAAUUUGACAACUUUCUGAAGGAGAACGAGGUGAAACGAUGUCGAGCUGUUAGGAAGGCCGGCCGAGAGAGGGAACUGACCAAUCAGAAGCAGGUGGACCUGCUCACUCUCCAGGAGGAGACGAAAGCUCUCGUCAAAGAGAGGGACCGUCUGGAGAAACGAGUGCAGAAGAAUGCCAUAUACCCCCAUUACCUUGAUAAAGUGGUACAGGCCAGUGAACAGUUUCAGGAGGCCAGACAGGUGAUGUCUCGCUACGACACGUUGAUGCUGACCCGGGAGGACCUGGUGCGGACCACCCAGCAGAACCAGGACAGCACGGAGAACGCCCGGGCCCAGCUGGCCCGCUUCACAGAGCAGAGCAAUGACACCCUGCUGCACUACAACAACACUCUGGCCCAGCUACAGAGCCAGCUGGACAAGGCCCGCGCUGAGGGCAUGAUCUGGGAAUCGAGAUGGGCCCACAUUCAGAACACAGCUGCCAAGAAGACACUGCUGUUGGGCACAAUCAAGAUGGCCACUCUUAAUCUGUACCAGUGUGUGUGCAAGAGGGCGAAAGACACUGGGGAAUCGCCUAUUGCUCCAGAGGACACUAUUAAGCAGCUGGAGAAGAUCCAGACCUUCCUAGCCGAUCUGAUCUGCAUUUGGGAGGAGGUGAACAAGCCGGAUCAGCCAGGGCCAACCGGACACAGAUAGAUGAUCCGCGUCAUUCAAUAGAGCUGUUUUGUAUGAAAGUUUAGAUUCUAUACUAUAUUGUCAUUGCCCUUUGCUUAUCAACAAAAAGCAUUAUUGCACUGAUCAGAUCAAAAAUAUAAAGAUAUUUUGAGACAU